AUGUCUGCAGCUGUUGCUUCGACUGUUGCAAGCAACUUAGCGAAUCACACUCGUAAUCCACCCCCAAUGGACUCGAAAAAGAACGCGUUAGAUGCCGAAGACUCUAAAGCUUCAUUGCUAGAGACCAAGGAGCAAAAGGCCGAUGCAGAUCAACAAUCCUCGCUGGCACCUCCUCCACGUCCUGCUAUAACAAGUGCUGCUGAUACUCCCGAUUACUUUAACUCGGUCCAUAACCCCUUCUCUUUGGAACCGAACCCCUUUGAACAGUCCUUUAGCGGAGGCGGAAGUGGUAGUGGUAGUGGUUCUGGUGAGACACCGGGGAAAUCGAUCCUUCCUCCCGUUGCAGCACUCACUUCUCCUGCCAUACCAGGUACCAGUUCUGCGGGCGGUGGCUAUAACUGGUCAAACUCAUUGCGCUCUGGACCGCUGAGUCCUGCCAUGUUGCCUGGGCCUGCUGGUUCUAAUGACUAUUUUGAUAGCAUUGGCAGAGGCUUUCCGACUCCAAACGAAUCGUCAAUCCGUACUGGACUGACGCCUGGUGGUGGAGGUUCUAUGUUCCCAGCGCCCAGUCCUAACUCCCAGGCCCUCUUACAGCAACUGCAGAGUGGAGGCGCAACGCCUUCAACCAUUGAAUUCCAUCGCACAGCACUCACUGCCAAGAAAAACAGUUUGAAUGGUCCCACUUCCAACCCAACUUCUGAGCCCGAUCAAGGAUCCCAAAGCGCAGCCAUGGAUAUCAAAAGCAACCAGUCCUCAGGGGUCGAUCCGUUCGGACAUCAUGAUGCCGCGGAUGCGGCGAAUGGGUUGUUCAUGUUAGCCAAAGGUGGACAGACGGGCGCCAACCAGUUCAUGUCGAACCAGCCACUUCAAGGUAACGACCAGCCACGUGAUCCCGGUGUAGACAACCGCGGCUCUCAGAACUUGAACGGGGCCUCGAAUCAUGGGAGGGAAGCCAGUGGGGAUGCUUCAGAUUUUCAAGGGGAACUGGCAAAACCGGGUCCUAAAGGAAAAUCUAAGAAGAACACGAACACGAAAGCUAGUGGUGCCGCGAACAACAGGCGCAAAGCCGAUGACACUCCCGCCAAAGGUCCAAAUAAAAGGGCCAAGAUGAACCAGUCAUCUGGUAGUCCUGAACCUCACUCUGAUAUGGGAGAGUCGGACGAAGAAGAUGAGCAAAAGAAGAAGCCCCAGACUGAUUCAAAGAAGAUGACGGAUGAAGAGAAGCGGAAGAAUUUCCUAGAGAGGAAUCGGUAUGUUCUGAACCUUCAGAUCGAUGCCUUAAAUCUUUUGCAAGCGAUGCUCACAGAUACUACUAGGGUUGCGGCACUUAAAUGUCGACAGCGAAAGAAGCAGUGGCUUGCCAACCUACAAGCGAAGGUUGAACUUUUUACUUCAGAGAAUGAUGCUCUGACUGCCACAGUAACUCAGCUGCGUGAAGAAAUUGUGAACCUAAAGACCCUACUGCUUGCCCAUAAGGAUUGUCCAGUCUCCCAAGCGCAAGGAAUUGGUCCUUUGAUGAUGAAUGGAAUGUCGACAGGUUUCGAUUCCAACCCGUACAACAUCCCCAACAAUAUGGGGAUGCAACCGGGUGCACCCAUUCCUGCGCAGGGCCUUCGACGACAAUAA